AGCUGCCCUAUUCCAAUAUGGUGGCCGGUCUGGCAGCGCUGCGAGCUAGUUUCACUUGCCUGUUUGUCUCCGGCUUGUGGCUCGGCGCCUGGGGCCGGGUCGCCCCGCAAGUGCUGGGGCUCAGACUGGAAGACCCCGGCACCGCAGUGUCUAUGACGAGCGGCGGGGUCGUGAGGUCCCCCCUCCGGUCUGAGUUCGUGCUGCGGCUGUACGGAUCGCACCUUGCAAACCAGUCCUGGCCCUGGCUAGCGUUUGCAGGCAAGGAGGAGACGAGCGGCGGCGGCGGCGGGGCGCCUGCUUCCCCUGGAGAGGGCGACCCGUGCCAGGAGGCGAGUUUGAGGAGCGCUUCGCCAUUCCAGGUGCUGGGAGACUUCCGAGCGGACGGCGAGAGCUCCGGUUUGUUUACCGUGCAGACAGGCUCCGGCAGCGGUGCCAGCACCAGUACGAGCGGGGGAUUACGCUAUUAUUAUUAUCUGUGCGUCCGAGUCGGACCUGGGGACGAAUGGGCCCUUUACAAGGGCAAAGACACCGUCUUUCUUGUCGUGGAGACGCACGCACUUUCUACCCAAACCGAUGCGAUCCCGGUCUGGGGGCUAGUGGUGGGCAUCGUCCUCCUUCUGGUCUCCUGCGCCGUUUUCAAAGGCUUGAACCUGAGCCUGCUGUGGCUGGACCCGCUGGAGCUGUACGUGCUGCACACCUGCGGCUCCGAGAGGGAGAAAAAAACAGCCCAGCGCCUGCAGCCCGUCCGGCGGAGGGGAAACUUUCUCCUCUGCGCCCUCCUCUUCCUUGGCGCCCUGGGGCAGUCCGCUGUCAGUGUCCUCUUCUACCGGGCUUUCAGUUCCGCAGCCCCCGCCGUUUUCGUCUGCGGGUUCUUGGUCUUCGUCGUAGCCGAGCUGCUCCCGCACUUGCUUUGCUCCCGCUACGGGUUCAGGCUGGCCCCCGGGGUGGCGUGGCUGGCGCAGCUGUGCAUGCUCCUCACCUGCCCGCUCUCCUGCCCGCUGGCCCUGCUGCUGGACCUGGGGCUCGGCAGGGACGUGAGCACCUGCGCCACCCGUGAGAAGGUGAUGGACCUGAUGCGCUCCAGCAGCGACCCGUACCAGGAGUUCAGCCGGGGCGCGCUCCGCACCAAGACCGUGCAGGACGUGCUCACCCCGCUGAAGGAGUGCUUCAUGCUGCAGGCAGACACCGUGCUGGCCUUCGGCGUCAUGUCACAGAUCAUGCAGAGCGGCUACACGCGGGUGCCGGUGUACGAAGAGGAGCGGUCGAACAUCGUGGACAUCCUGUACGUGAAGGACCUGGCCAUGGUGGAUCCAGAGGACCGAACCCCGAUGAGCGCCAUCACCAAGUUCUACAACCACCCGCUGCACUUCGUGUUCGACGACACCAAGCUGGAUGCCGUGCUCGAGGAGUUUAAAAAAGGUAAGUCUGACCUGGCGAUCGUGCAGAAGGUGAAUAACGAGGGGGAGGGAGACCCUUUCUAUGAGGUGCUGGGGCUGGUCACUCUGGAAGACGUCAUCAAGGAGAUCAUCAAGUCUGAGAUCCUGGACGAGUCCGACAUGUACAUGGAGUCGAAGGUGAAGAAGACCCCGCCCCCCAUGGGGACCCCCCUCGGGGGGCGCAGGGAGGAUGUGUCUCUCUUCAAGCUGCCCGACGCGGAGCUCAAGGUCAAGACAUCUCCGCAGCUACUACUGGCCACCCACCGCUUCCUCUCCAGAGAGGUGGAUCUCUUCAGUCCUCUCCGAGUCUCUGAGAAGAUUCUGCUCCACCUGCUCAAGCACACAAGCGUCAACCAGGAGCUUAAAUUCGACCCAGCGGACCGGAUGAGCGCGGCGCACUACCUGUACAACCGGAACCACCCCGUGGACUACUUCAUCCUCAUCCUGCAGGGUCGAGUGGAGGUGGAGAUUGGGAAGGAGGGGCUGAAGUUUGAGAACGGAGCCUUCACCUACUAUGGAGUUUCUGCGCUCACAUCGCCCUCUUCAGGGCAACAGUCCCCAGUGUCCACGCUGCACCAGUUUGAUUUCGGGGACAGCCCCCCGUCCUUGUACUGUCCUGACUACACGGUGCGCGCGGUCACAGACCUGCAGUUUGUGAAGGUGACGCGGCUGCAGUACUCGAACGCUCUGGCUGCCUCUCGGGUGCACGUCCCCCCCCACAACCCCCCCGACAGCAUGCAGCUCCAGACCAGGCUGCUGAACGAGAGGAACGCUGGCCCAGCUGCUGCUGCAGAGUCUCUUCCAGUAGGAUCUCUCUUCUGGUCCCUGAUUGCCACACAUCUGGAUCAUAAUAAAAAGCCUCCUGUUCGGAGCCCCACGCCGAUGAAUUCAGCUCAAUCAGACGGACAUCUGGCAACGCUUGGAGUAAAUCCAUCAGCCAGCUGCCAUUCUUCAACUGGGGAGGAGGAGGAGGAGGAGGGGAGCCACGUUACUGUUACUGGAAUGGAUUCUCCUGAAGCAAAAACAACAGCAGCACAGAUAUGAACUGUCCAAACAACACACACCCCAGCACUGACACACACACACAGAGCAC